CAUUUUAGGAGUUAGUUGCUACCAAUUAGUCGUUGAGUAUAGUCACUGCGCUUGACGUAGCAGGGAUCUGCCUGCAGGAUGUUACUAUACCUGGCGCUGGCCACCCUAGCGUGGUAUCCCGGUGCCCAGGGCAACCUGACUGCCCUAGACAGAGAUUGUCACGCCAUCUAUGACGCUGUGUUAGUUGUGGAUGGAUCGGAGAGUAUUGGCGUUGAUAAUUUUAAGAUUGUGAAGAGAGCCCUGAUGGAGUUCGUGAACACAACCCUGCAGACUAACGAGGACGUCCACAUCGGCGUUGUGUUGUACAGCACGACCGUCGCGGAUACCGUUAACAUGACCUCUGACUGGGCGUUCCUGGACGACAAGAUCGACAACAUGGCGUACCCUGCAGCGUCCACAUUCACCGACCACGGUAUCGACGCGGGGACUGAUAUGCUACUGAAACAAGGCAGGAAGGUCGUCCCUCGCAUCAUGAUCGUCGUCACAGAUGGUCUCUCCACACGGCCGGAGCGCACGUUGGAAGCUGCUCAGAGGGCUAAAGACAACAGCAUCACCAUCUAUUCUGUUGGGAUAGAGAUCUAUGUGAAGGCGCGAGCAGCCAUCUUGGAGCGAUAUCAGCAUGAACUGGCCAGUAUUGCGUCAGACGAAGGUCACGUUAUCCACCUUGCAGAUUUCAAAGAUUUCGAGAACACUGCCCCUGAAAUCGCAGAGAAAUUCUGUGCUGUGGUUGCUGAGGUGCUGAAGGGUCUGCAGAACAUGACGGUGUACGAGGGUGAAAGCUUCACCCUGACGGCCGAGAUGAGUCACAUCGCCGUGGUGGGGGGCAACUGGAGUCGGAGCGGAGAGCUCCUCACUGCAGGGGGCAGAUACAACAUCUCCAAGAAUGGGUCCUUCCUCUACUUCACCGUGGAGGGGGCGAUGCUGUCUGACGCCGGGGACUACACCUACUCAGUGGGAGGGAAGACAGCCCAUGGCUUCGUUACUGUUCUAAAACGUUGGAGCGAUUGGUCAGAAUGGAGUCAACUCCGAUGUCGGGCCACCUGCGGCAUCAACAUCAUUGGGGACAAGGAGCGCACACGCACGUGUCAAAAGCCGGAGUGUGUCGGCAGCAACAAUGAAACCCUGACAGAGGCGUGCGGAUCAGUCGCAGCUUGCGAUGUCACCUUCACCACGGAGCUGAACAACGCCACCGUGCGCGGGGGGGACGACUUCACGUUGACGGCCGCGGUCAGCGAGACGGACAAGACGGACUGGCAGUGGUCGAAGGGGGGCAAGGUGCUGGCGGAGAGUAGCAGGAUGAAGUUUGGCCAGGAUGGUUCCGGGAAAUAUACGCUGAAUGUGGUCGCAGCCGAGACUACAGACGAAGGGGAAUACACGUUCACGCUUGGAGGCAAAUCAACAAAGGGUUACGUUGCAGUGACAGCUGAGAUUCUUGACGGCCUGAAGGAUAUCCGAGUUCGGCAGGGGGACAGUUUUGAACAAUCCGUCCUUCUGGUCGGCACUGGGUACUCGGGGUGGCGCUGGAUGAAGGACGGGGUGGCCUUGGCUGAGAGUGAGAGGAUCAAGUUUAGCAGUGGCGACAGUUCGUACAGGAUGGCAGCCACAGGGGCCACGCUGUCAGACACCGGCAAAUACGCCUUCAUCGUCGGAGGGAAAACCUCCGAGGGGACAGUAACUGUAUACGUUGAUGGUGGAUGGGGCGAGUGGUCUGCGUGGAAAAGGGUAUGCUCGGCCGACUGCGGUCAGUCGGUCAGCGGGACGGACACGCGGACGCGGACCUGCACCAACCCUGCUCCAGUGAAUAACGGAAGCACCUGUGAUGGGGUUGCUGAAGAGAAGAACACCAUCCAGUGUGACACUACAGCUUGUGCCAGCUUCACCACAGAGCUGAAUAACGUCACCGUUCAGAGUGGGAGUGACUUCACCUUGACCGCUGCGGUCACUGGGACGGACAAGACGGACGGGCAAUGGUCGAAGGGGGGCAAGGUGCUGGCUGAGAGCGAGAGGAUGAAGUUUGGCCAGGAUGGUUCCGGGAAAUAUACGCUGAAUGUGGUGGGGGCUACUGCCGCCGACGGCGGAGAAUACACAUUCGCCAUUGCAGGAAAAUCCACAAAGGGCACAGUCAAAGUCAUUGUUGACGGCGGUUGGGACGCGUGGACCACGUGGCAUAUCGUCUCGUGCUCGGCCACGUGCGGGGCCAAUGUGGUCGGUGUCUCAAGACGAGUGCGGUACUGCGACAACCCCACACCAGCAAAUGGGGGGAAAAAUUGUGAAGGGGAAAGGAUAGAGAGAAACUCAACAACGUGUGACCUACCCGAGUGUAUCAUUCUCAGCGGGCUCAAGAACCUGACAUUGCGGGUUGGCGAAGAGAUGACUUUGAGCGCCGGCACCAAGGCCUCAGCGACGGGAGCAGCACAGUGGUACCGCCACGGCCACCUCCUUCACGACAGCAGUCGGGUGGCCAUCACGAACGACAACACCAACUACUCCUUGACCCUGCGCAACCUCACCGUGGGCGACACAGGCACCUACACAUUCAGUUUUGAUGGGCAGACAGCGGAGGGACACUUGUUGGUUGUAGCUGACGGAGGCUGGAGUGUCUGGUCGGACUGGAAUAGAACGUGCAGCGCCACCUGUGGGACUAAUAUCCCCGCGACGCAGAGAAGAACACGGACAUGUGACAACCCUGAACCAGCCAAUGGCGGAAAUAGCUGCACAGGAGACCCCUCGGAGCAGACCACAUCAGCGUGUAACCUAGGAUCUUGUGAUACAGAACCAGUUGACGGGGGAUGGGAUGUGUGGACGAGCUGGCAUAUCACGAGCUGCUCGGCUACAUGCGGCGUCAACGUCGCCGGAGUUUUGCGACGUGCCCGGUACUGCGAUCAUCCCACGCCACGCAAUGGCGGGGCAAACUGUAAUGGAAGCCGCAUAGAGACCAGCACUGCCGUCUGCACGACGUUGCCCAAGUGUUUCAUUCUCAGUGGGCCCCAGAACAUCACGCUCCGGUCAGGGCAGAAGCUGACACUGAACGUGGACGUCGACGAGAGUGUCCACUCCAAAGCGGAGUGGCUGCAAAAGGGCAAGGUGCUUCACCCCAGCACGAGGGUCAAGAUCUACCACGACAAGGGAAACAACACAAUGACCAUAGAUCAGGUUACCGAGGCCGACAGUGGCGCGUACACGUUCAGAAUUGAAGGACAGACGGCGGAGGGCUACGUCACAGUGAUUGUGGACGGCGGCUGGGGCGGCUGGACGGAGUGGGUGGGGUCGUGUACGGCGACCUGUGGGGACAACAUCACGGUGCGUCGGACGAGGAGCAGAGCUUGUGACAGCCCCGCGCCUGGAAAUGGCGGGAAUGAGUGUGCUGGGAGUACAACAGACAACGAAACUAUAGCAUGUGACGUGCCGUCCUGUAUCCCUGUAGUUAACGGGGGCUGGACUGAGUGGUCGGCGGCGUUAAGGGCGUGUAGCGCCACGUGCGGUCAGUCGAUCAGUGGGACGGACACGAGGACACGGACGUGUACCAACCCUGUCCCUAGCGGCGGAGGCAGUCAAUGUGCGGGAGAUGCAAGCGUAUCACAGUCUGUGACCUGCCCAGAUAUAACAUGUCCAGUAAACGGUGGAUGGAGUGUGUGGUCGGCGGCGGCAAGAAUCUGUGAUGCCACGUGCGGUCUGUCGGUCAGUGGGACGGACACGAGGAGGAGGACCUGUACCAACCCUGCUCCGGCUGGCACCGGCACUCCUUGUGGGGCAGAGAACACCCAAGUGACCAGUAUCACCUGUCCGGUGUCAGAAUGUCCAGUUGCUUUCACCAGAGGACUGCAAGAUGUCCGCGUCCCUGUCGGGGACACCGUGGCCUUGUCGGCUCAGCUGACCACUGCCGGACAUUCGGGCUGGAGCUGGAUGAAGGAUGGGGUUGCUGUUACAGAGGGGGACAGGAUCAAGUUCUCCGAGGACGGUGACACAUACGGCCUGACCCUGACGGGGGCGGGCGUGGCUGACUCCGGGAAGUAUGUCUUCAGCGUCGGGGGAAAGACGUCGGAGGGGACAGUGACAGUGUUUGCUGACGGUGGCUGGUCGAACUGGGCGUCAUGGCGGAGGUUCUGCUUGGCGUCAUGUGGCAUGGCCGGGGGUGUUGACAACAGGACCCGGGCGUGUAACAACCCUGCCCCCAGCAACGGGGGAGCAUCGUGUGAAGGGGAAGCUGUGGAGAUGAAGAAUGCGCAGUGUGUACUGCCACCAUGUCCCAACACAGUGAACGGCGGUUGGAGUGUGUGGACCGAGUGGGCUGUUGUCUGCACUGGAUCCUGCGGCUCUGUGCCUGGAGAAGCUAACAGAACCCGCGCAUGUGACAACCCCCCGCCCAGUACCACCGGCGCCCCGUGUUCCGGGGGAUACAUACAGAGGAAGUACCAGGUGUGUCACCUGGGCGCCUGCAACGACACGGUAAUCUCCGGGGUGAAGGACGCUCAGGUUGAAGCAGGGGCCCCAAUCGAGUUGUCUGUGCAGCUAAAUCAACCAGUAGAAACCGGUUGGCAGUGGAUGAAGGACGGCGUCCCCAUUUCCCAGGAUACCCGGAACGGGAUGACCCGGGACGGCAACGUCUACCGCUUGACCAGGCUCCAGUCGACCGUCCCCGACUCUGGCAAAUACACCUUCACUGCUGGAGCCGCGACGUCAGAGGGCACGGUGACGGUGUUUGUUAACGGGGCCUGGACGGAGUGGUCGCCGGCUGUGAGGGUGUGUGGCGCCACGUGCGGUCAGUCGGUCAGUGGGACGGACACGAGGACACGGACAUGUACCAACCCUGUUCCAGUCAAUGGCGGAAGCACCUGUGUUGGCAAUCCACUGGAAAUACAAACCAUUAACUGCCCAGUGCCAACAUGUGUCAAUGCCUCAGGGCAGGUUGCCGUCGUCUCCGGUGUGCAGAACGCUCAAGUAGAAGCAGGGGCCCCAAUCGUGUUGUCUGCGCAGCUAAAUCAACCAGUAGAAACCGGUUGGCAGUGGAUGAAGGACGGUGUCCCCGUUACCCAGGAUACGCGGAACGUGAUGACCCGGGACGGCAACGUCUACCGCUUAACCAGGUUCCAAGCGAAUGUCAACGACACCGGCAACUACACCUUCAUCGCUGGAGGGGCGACGUCGGAGGGAGGAGUGUUUGUGUACGUUAACGGGGGCUGGACGGAGUGGUCGCCGGCUGUGAAGGUCUGUAGCGCUACGUGCGGUCAGUCGGUCAGUGGGACGGACACGAGGACACGGACAUGUACCAACCCUGUUCCAGUCAAUGGCGGAAGCACUUGUGCUGGAAAUCCACUAGACAUACAAGGCGUUAUCUGCCCAGUGCCAACAUGUGUCAAUGCCUCAGGGCAGGUUGCCGUCGUCUCCGGUGUGCAGAACGCUCAAGUAGAAGCAGGGGCCCCAAUCGUGUUGUCUGCGCAGCUAAAUCAACCAGUAGAAACCGGUUGGCAGUGGAUGAAGGACGGUGUCCCCAUUACCCGGGAUACGCGGAACGUGAUGACCCGGGACGGCAACGUCUACCGCUUAACCAGGCUCCAAGCGAACGUCAACGACACCGGCAACUACACCUUCAUCGCUGGAGGGGCGACAUCGGAGGGAGGAGUGUUUGUGUACGUUAACGGGGGCUGGACGGAGUGGUCGCCGGCUGUGAAGGUCUGUAGCGCCACGUGCGGUCAGUCGGUCAGUGGGACGGACACGAGGACACGGACAUGUACCAACCCUGUUCCAGUCAAUGGCGGAAGCACUUGUGCUGGAAAUCCACUAGACAUACAAGGCGUUAUCUGCCCAGUGCCAACAUGUGUCAAUGCCUCAGGGCAGGUUGCCGUCGUCUCCGGUGUGCAGAACGCUCAAGUAGAAGCAGGGGGCCCAAUCGUGUUGUCUGCGCAGCUAAAUCAACCAGUAGAAACCGGUUGGCAGUGGAUGAAGGACGGUGUUCCCAUUUCCCAGGAUACCCGGAACGUGAUGACCCGGGACGGCAACGUCUACCGCUUAACCAGGCUCCAAGCGAACGUCAACGACACCGGCAACUACACCUUCAUCGCUGGAGGGGCGACGUCGGAGGGAGGAGUGUUUGUGUACGUUAACGGGGGCUGGACGGAGUGGUCGCCGGUUGUGAAGGUCUGUAGCGCCACGUGCGGUCAGUCGGUCAGUGGGACGGACACGAGGACACGGACAUGUACCAACCCUGUUCCAGUCAAUGGCGGAAGCACUUGUGCUGGAAAUCCACUAGACAUACAAGGCGUUAUCUGCCCAGUGCCAACAUGUGUCAAUGCCUCAGGGCAGGUUGCCGUCGUCUCCGGUGUGCAGAACGCUCAAGUAGAAGCAGGGGGCCCAAUCGUGUUGUCUGCGCAGCUAAAUCAACCAGUAGAAACCGGUUGGCAGUGGAUGAAGGACGGUGUCCCCAUUUCCCAGGAUACGCGGAACGUGAUGACCCGGGACGGCAACGUCUACCGCUUAACCAGGCUCCAAGCGAACGUCAACGACACCGGCAACUACACCUUCAUCGCUGGAGGGGCGACGUCGGAGGGAGGAGUGUUUGUGUACGUUAACGGGGGCUGGACGGAGUGGUCGCCGGCUGUGAAGGUCUGUAGCGCCACGUGCGGUCAGUCGGUCAGUGGGACGGACACGAGGACACGGACGUGCACCAACCCUGUUCCAGUCAAUGGCGGCAGGGCCUGUGUGGGAAAUCCACAGAAUAUAACAUCCAUCACUUGCGAAGUGCAAGCAUGUAACAGUUCGUGCGCUUUUAACACUGCUGACCCGGACAACCCACAAGGCUUCAUCGUGACGGUGGGCGGCACCGUGUACAAGUUGAGCUGCGCCCCCGGAACCUCCUACAGCCCCUCCACCUGCGUGUGUGACAAAGUUAAUGGCGGCUGGGGAAAUUGGUCGGCGUACCAGAGGUUCUGCUCUGGGACUUGCGGAUCUGUCCCUGGAGUUGAGAACAGGACACGGGAGUGUAACAACCCACCUCCUGGGAAUGGCGGAACACCAUGCGCAGGCGAAUCAUCAGAUCAGAUAAUUGUCACGUGUUCUCUGACGCCUUGUUCAGCCUCAGGGCAGGUUGCCGUUGUUUCUGGUGUGAAGGACACUCGAGUUGCAGCAGGGGGCCCAAUCGUGUUGUCAGCGCAGCUAAAUCAACCAGUAGAAACCGGUUGGCAAUGGAUGAAGGACGGCGUCCCCAUUUCCCAGGACACCCGGAACGUGAUGACCCGAGACGGCAACGUCUACCGCUUGACCAGGCUCCAGUCGACCGUCCCCGACUCUGGCAAAUACACCUUCACAGCUGGAGGGGCGACGUCAGAGGGCACGGUGACGGUGUUUGUUAACGGGGGCUGGACUGAGUGGUCGGCGGCGUUAAAGGUGUGUAGCGCCACGUGCGGUCAGUCGGUCAGUGGGACGGACACGAGGACACGGACGUGCACCAACCCUGUUCCAGUCAAUGGCGGAAGCACUUGUGCUGGAAAUCCACUAGACAUACAAGCCGUUAUCUGCCAAGUGCCAGCAUGUGCCACUGGGUGGGGAGAAUGGUCCUUCUGGAGACGCUACUGUUCAGCCACGUGUGGAGGGGCGGUUCCUGGUGUAGAGAACAGGACCCGGGAGUGUCUGACCCAGCCCUGCACAGGGAACUCCAGUGAACAGAGAGUUACCACAUGCACCCUUAACCAGUGUACAGAUGCCUGCAGUACUAACAGUCCAGACCCGGACAACGCAUUCGGUUACAUAAGGAGGUCUAACAAUGCCAUUUACAGGGUCAACUGCCCUGGUGGGAUCACCUUCAACCCCAGCACGUGCCUCUGUAACAAUUCUACUGGUUGGGGAGAAUGGUCCUUCUGGAGACGUUACUGUUCAGCCACGUGUGGAGGGGCGGUUCCUGGUGUAGAGAACAGGACCCGAGAGUGUCUGACCCAGCCCUGCACGGGGAACUCCAGUGACCAGAGAGUUACCACAUGCACCCUUAACCAGUGUACAGCUGUAGGUGCAGGUUGGGGAGAAUGGUCCUUCUGGAGACGCUACUGUUCAGCCACGUGUGGAGGGGCGGUUCCUGGUGUAGAGAACAGGACCCGAGAGUGUCUGACCCAGCCCUGCACAGGGAACUCCAAUGACCAGAGAGUUGCCACUUGCACCCUUAACCAGUGUCCAGGUUGGGGAGAAUGGUCCUUCUGGAGACGCUACUGUUCAGCCACGUGUGGAGGGGCGGUUCCUGGUGUAGAGAACAGGACCCGGGAGUGUCUGACCCAGCCCUGCACGGGGAACUCCAGUGACCAGAGAGUUACCACAUGCACCCUUAACCAGUGUACAGCUGUAGGUGCAGGUUGGGGAGAAUGGUCCAUCUGGAGACGCUACUGUUCAGCCACGUGUGGAGGGGCGGUUCCUGGUGUAGAGAACAGGACCCGAGAGUGUCUGACCCAGCCCUGCACGGGGAACUCCAGUGACCAGAGAGUAACCACAUGCACCCUUAACCAGUGUACAGCUGUAGGUGCAGGUUGGGGAGAAUGGUCCUUCUGGAGACGCUACUGUUCAGCCACGUGUGGAGGGGCGGUUCCUGGUGUAGAGAACAGGACCCGAGAGUGUCUGACCCAGCCCUGCACGGGGAACUCCAGUGACCAGAGAGUUGCCACAUGCACCCUUAACCAGUGUACAGCUGUAGGUGCAGGUUGGGGAGAAUGGUCCAUCUGGAGACGCUACUGUUCAGCCACGUGUGGAGGGGCGGUUCCUGGUGUAGAGAACAGGACCCGAGAGUGUCUGACCCAGCCCUGCACAGGGAACUCCAAUGACCAGAGAGUUGCCACAUGCACCCUUAACCAGUGUCCAGGUCUUGGAGGAGAAUGGGGACCGUGGUUGGCAUGGAUACCGCAAUGCACAGGAAGCUGCACAAACACAAAUAUGUCACAGAGUCGCAGAAGAACAUGCAGAACAACCGGUUGCAGCGGAAUCGGCUUUGAACAAAGACAGUAUACCUGUCCGAUACCGCCGUCAUGCAAUGGUACAGUAAAUGGCGGUUGGAGCGUCUGGGGCAACUGGACCAGAGAUAGCUGCUCUGCGUCGUGUGGCGGGUUGGUGAGUGGCACGGAGAGGAGGGACCGACGCUGUGAUAACCCUCGACCAGCUGCAAAUGGAUUACCGUGUUUCGGAAGAUCGUUUGAAAUUAAAGUGGCCAACUGCUCCGUCCCGGCAUGUCCUAUAUCACAAGUUGGGCUCUGCAACGAGGUCUUCAACGCGAGUGGGGUGGGGUACCGCUACCACCCUACAGCCUGUGACAAGUACCUGCAGUGUUACUAUGGCCCUGGGGGUGAGGUGAGGGGUCUCUAUCGCUCCUGCCCCUUCGGACACCACUGGGACCAGCUGACGCGGAGGUGCAAUCAUGUCUGGGAGGUGGACUGUCCAAUGGAGAAGUGUCUUACAGGGAGUGUGUUGAGUUACGCAAUGGACGGGAACUGCCGGGGAUACUGGUCAUGUGACUCGAGGGGCGGGGUCGCGGCGGAAUGCUGUCCCGAGAGGUACAGAUACACCGCCCGGGGGUGCCAGUUCGACCUCAACUGCCAGGACCAGUGUCCGUCAUCCUGCUUUGGGACAGGUGUGUGUGACAAGCUGCCAGUCUGGGGGAACACCUCCAAGUUCCAGAUAGAUGCGGGACGGAGUGGAUGGCUGCCCACUGACUGCCCAGCCAACACAGAAUUCAGUAUCCUCGAAUGUGCUUGCAUUAAGCGGCGUAACCAUGAUUGCAGCCCUCAAACGUACGUGGUGUUCGAUGAAGCCUUUAUCAAUUCCACUUCUUGGGUCCAAGCUUAUGAUGUGAAUUUUCAAAGCAACAUCGCUAAAUUUGGGAAGGGUCGGAUUAAUGUGGAUCUGACCACCCAGCCCGCCUCUCUCCAGGACCCACAGGUGUUGUUCCUGCGGUAUAGAGAGGACUCCGUGCCGAGCCUGUCCAGACAGGUGCUUGUCAGUGGUACCAACUGUAAUGGCAAAGAAAACCUCGUUAUAGCGCUUGUUAAUGACCAGCUGGUGUUUGAAAUGACGUCAUGGCUUGGCACCGUGCACUCAGUCACCAUGUCCACCCAGGGGUUCCCCGCCUCCAGCUGGAAGGAUGUCAUUCUGAUGUAUAACGGUAACAUGCUGGUCGGCAUCAUCAAGUCGGACAAGGCCAGGUUCUUCACCCACACAUACGCACCGAAGAGCAACGUGAUGGAGUGUGGGGUGACCCUAGGGACUGACUUCACGCGCACGCAGAACUUCAAGGGAGAAAUGACCAUGCUGGAUAUCUACCAGUGUGAUCCCAACUAUCUGAUCUAAGACAGCCUUCACGAGCGAGAGUGUGCUGAAUAGGGGGAGAUAACUCUGCCGAGUGAUAGGACGGCUAGACAACCUCGGAGGAAGACAGUCAAUGUAUAUACAAGCCGAUAUAGAUCUACCAUGUUAUCGUUGUGUGCACAUAGUAGCCUCUAGUACAUCUCUGAAUGUGUUAGUACAGUAAGCAUAUCCGUGCCAUAUGUCUCGUCCACGUGGUGUGGUCAGCACCUGCCAUGGAUGGUCCCGUGAUCUGUAUGUAUGAACACCCGGUGUCCAUGUCUCAAUGUAGAGUUGUCGCCCUUGUUACUUUGUUGGGCGCAUGUUGGCAUGACGGAUGGCGUCCCAGGAGACUACCUGGCAGGUUCCGAUGUCCAGAUCAGAUAAUACGUCAUAACUCGCCAGGUGUGUAGUAUGUGGACAAUAUAUCAAUAUUACCAUAUCGAUAACAUUUUUUCGCAUCAUUAUCUGCUGGAUAAGAUAUUGAUUGUGACGCCCGGUGUUACCGUCGCGGAUAUGUCGCCGAUCGUGCUGUUAUUUUUUGAUAGUCUUGUACAUGGAAUCUGUCUGAUGGAAUCAAUGGAGGAGACUGAUUAUUCUCUGGCGUUGACUUUAUUUUUAAGUAACCACAAGAUCGGAUGGUCAUUCAGACAAGAUGUGUUUCUGUACAUAUCUCCAUCCCUAUGGUGAUUAUGUCUAGAGUCUGUUAGGCGUUGGGCUGGUCGCGUAGUGCUGCCAUUGCUUUGUCAACACACAUCAACUGGCCAAUCACAGCUAUCAAAACAUAAGUCGACCAAUCACAACUGUUCAACGGUCUGCCGACCAAUCACAGAUGUUCAAUAAUCUUGCGGGUAACCAUGGCUAUUCACUGAUCGGGGGGAAAUUUGUCCCUGAUGAGCCGGCCUCUCGAAACUCUCCACUGAUCACACGAUCACAAAUCUGUGGCAGUUGUUACCUGUGUAUUUAUAUAAUUGUCCGACAGAUGUAGAGGGAUUACAAUGAUUAUAUAUAUACUCAUCUUUAGUUAUAUUUCAAGAUGUGUGUCCAAAUAUCUGCAAAGGUGAAAGCGCGUAUGUUUAAUUCAGUAAAGCUGUACACGGAUUAGAAGGCCUCGUAAAUGUGACACCAAUCCAUUUGAUUUUUCGCAAUAAAAUAUAUUUAUAAAACAA